AUGGAAAAUUCAGUAAAAUUUGAAGAAGAUUCUUCAAUUCCAGAAGAAGUCGAUAAAAAGCUUUUGAAAAAGCAGAAAAAGGAAAUGGAAAGAAUCGCAGAGGGACAAAAAAAACUUUCAGAUCGUUUUGAACGAGAAGAAAAUUUUGUGAAAAUUUCUCAUCAACGUUGUUGGCAAGAUUUUAAGGAGUGGUGUGAAAACGUUGCAGUUGAUGACCUUCGUGAUGAAUUAAUUGCUGUUUCUCAUUCAUUUGAUCGCGUGCUUGAUAAAUGUGAGCAUCUCAAAGAGACAAUUCAAGUUCAUCGUUCUCAUGCUGAUGAGCAAUACUUGCGAAACUUUCAAAAGCAUUCAGAAUUGAUUGAUUACAUCAUGGAUCUUUACAAGACAUUUCAAAAAGCAACACAAGAAAUGUACGAUUUUGAUCGGGAAAAAUUAAUUUCUGAAUUUUAUGAAGAUCUUCAAAGACACGAAAAUUCUCAUGACGAAACCAAAACUCAUUUCGAAAACUUCAUUCACGCUGCAGUAUCAACGACAAACGAUCGGGUUAAUCGAAUGAAAAAUGAAUUUAUGAAUCGUAAAUUCGAAAUUGAAUCAAAAAGUUUUGUGAAACGUGAAUUUGAUUAUGAGGGAAACAUGAAACGUCAAUCUAUCGCUUGCUCUGAAAUUAAAAAACUUGUUAAACAUUUUAAUGAAAAUCUCUGGCCAAAGCAACGUUUAGACAAUUAUCACGCAAGCUUAAAGAAAUCAAAUGAAGCUGACGAAGAGAUUUCAGAAAUGAAUAUAAAAAUUGAAGAUUCUAAAAAAGUUCUCGUUAGACUAGAAGACGAACUUAAAGACGUUACACGCCACCAACUGUCAACAGUUCUUGAGCUGAAGUCUGAGCAUCAAUUCUUAACGAAGCUAAUGUCUAGAAUGAGAGAAAAAAAUGAAAAUUUAAAAGCUAUUGAGGAUGCAAAGCUCAAAAGUCUAAUUGCUGUUUGUGAACCAAUCAAGAAAAAUUUAAAGAACAAACUUCAGAAAAUUAAUUCGACAGUUUCACUGAUUAAAAUCUGUUCGAAAUACGAGAAACCUAUUGACAAAAUUAAAUUCUACGAAAGCUUAGAUGAUGAUUGCGAAAAUGUCGAAGAGAAAUUCUUAAAGAAAGUGGCAAAUGUCGAAGCAGAUUGCGUUUUGUUGAAAGAUGAGAAGAAGAAAUUGUUGGAAGAAAAUCAGAAACUUCGUUCGAAAUUAGAAGAAAAUUUCCAUCAAUUGAGAGUCCAAAAAAACAUCGAAAAACUUCGUCUCGAUCCAACACCAAGUUUGGGACAAAUCGCACAAAUUUCACACGUGAUGCCACAAAUCAAAAUGCCGAUUGAGUUACGAUCCAAACACAAUCUGUGCAAGUGCUGUCAAGCAUAUCUUAAUAACACUUCGAAGCAAAGCUUUUGA